GACUUUUUUUUUGUUUUUAAUUAUAUUUAUUUAUUAUUAUACACUGUUCCUCCUUGCUGUUGAAUUGAAUCAAUGAAUAUUUGAUAUAUUUUGUUUGAACAUUUUUAUUUUCAUUUUUUGUUUUGUAGGAGGGAAGAAAUGGCUGGUAAUGGGCCAUAGGCAAUCCACAUUUCACACCCACCUUUUAUUCUCUCUCUCUCUUUUUCUCUUUCUCUCUCUCUUACCUUAUGAGCCUUUGCUUCUUCUUUACUCCGAUUUACUACAUCAAUUGCAAUUGGGACCAACCCUUUUCAUCCCAAAGUCUCUCAACUUCUAUUUUGUGAAAAAGUUUGUCUCUGCUUUGACCCUCUUGGGAGAUAGCCUCAUCUUUGUUAUGCCAUUCUCUGGAUUAUGCUAAGUUGGAUAAAGGCAUUUACAAUCAGAAAUGGGUUCUGGAAACUUGUUUAAAACAAUUUUUAGAUUAAAGAAGUCUAAAAAUGGCUCUAAACCAGUGAAGGAGUCCGUAGCUUGUGCCAAACCAAAUGGCAUAAAAGUGAAGAGUAAAUCAUAUAAGGUGCUCGGUCGUUUCAUGAAUGGAUCCCAUAACAUGCCAAUCGAGGACGUAGCUGCAACUCGGAUUCAAACUGCAUUUCGUGCAUACAAGGCUCGAAAAGCUUUAUGCCGCUUAAAAGGGACAAUAAGACUACAGACACUUGCCCAAGGUUAUCCUAUUAAAAAGCAAUCCACUACCACUUUGAGUCUUAUACAUUCAUGGUGCAAUAUACAAACCCAGAUUAGAACUCGUCGACUCUGUAUGGUAACAGAAGGGCGGGUAAAACAGAAGAAACUAAUGAAUCAACAAAAACUUGAGGCAAAGCUUCAUGACAUAGAGGUGGAAUGGUGUGGUGGCUCUGAAACAAUGGAUGAAAUUCUUGGAAGGAUAUAUCACAGGGAAGAAGCAGCAGUUAAACGAGAGCGAGCUAUGGCAUACGCCUUUUCCCAUCAAUGGAGAGCCAACUGCAGUCAAAGCCAAGGGUUGGGCAGUGAUGAACUUGGCAAAGCUAACUGGGGUUGGAGUUGGAAGGAACGAUGGAUUGCUGCUCGCCCAUGGGAAAGCCGGGUUGCACCUCAGUUCAUUAGCCCAAAGAAAAUUCAGAGCAAGCAGGCCAACAAGAUUAUCAAAACACCAAAAACUCCAAUAUCAGUUAAAACCCCUUCUCCAAAUGUGAAGGUAAGCACAAAAGCUCGCAGGUUGUCUUUCCCAUCUUCUGAGAAACUUGUUGGAAAUGAAGAAAGCAAUAAAGUGGAAGAGACAAAUAUAAAGAAAGAAGAGUUGGUAUCCUAGCAAACCAAAAGAUGGUUUUUAUGUUUUAUCCCUGAUAUUGCAGAAAGUGAGAAAAUAUCCAUUUUUUUUUGUUUCCAUUAAUGUAUUUCUAUUUUUUGUACAUGGAGUGGUGUGGCAGUCAUAUGCUUUGGCUUGAUAAGAACAACAUAAAGAAAAGACCUGGAUUUGGGAUUGACCUGGUCAUUUUUCUAUUUUCACUUUGUAUACCUACAAAACCAAUAUAUUAUUUGUAAUGUAAAUAGAAAAUUUAUUUGUUGAGGGUGACAA